AUGCCGGAGCCUCUUGACGACCGAUGGGUUCCUCCGCUGGUCCAGGUACGCAAGUACUGGCGCGAAGCAAACCGCUCGUGGAACACGCGGAUGUGGCAGGCACGAGGACUGCCAGACGCAGAGACAGGCCAGCGGGUAUGGGAGCUCAUGCGAGAGGCUUUCCAGCGCUUCGAGACGUAUUGGGAGGACCCCAGACUCGGAACACGUGUCCAUGGGCCGGCGGGUGGUACGCUGCACUCAAUCCUUACGCGAGACCCGAAAUAUGAUAAAGCAAGAGCGCUGUUGGUGGAUACCUGUGUCGGCAAGAGGACUCUGCUGCAGGCCUUGACCAACGACGCCUCCAGAGCCUGGAGCGCUAUCUUGGGUAAGACAGCGGGGUCACAAGACACUACUCUUGCAGCACUGCAGGAGGCAUGCCCCUGGACCCUGCGGAUGUACCUGCAGCCGUAUGCUCCGUCGCGCAUCCCGCCUGCCUGCGUAGACCGAUACUAUGGCAAGAUUUCGAACAUCAAAGGGAUGGACAAGACUAUACCAGGGAUUCCGUUACGAUUUCUCCGCGCGCUGGGCCGCCGCUGCAGAUACCCUCCGUGGAUAUUGCCUGAUUAUUACUGGCUGAUCAAAUUGUGGGUGAGAACGUUCCCGAAACCGAGAUAUUGGGCAGACGAGAAGGUCAAAGCCCUGGGCGAGUUUGGCAAAGGCUGGGUUGUGCAAACCGACAUUCAGCCCUGGUAUGUCAUCGGCCGAGAAGAGAACCUGGGUCAAACAAGGAUGCGGUUGUAG